GCAGGUGCUGCCCAAGCAUUGAAAGAGGAGAAGACAGAAUCUGCUCCAGCCAAGCCAUCCGGGCCUGUUGCAGAAACAUUCAGAGUUAUUGAGGGGGCCAUGACGGAAGAGAAUGUGAGAAGUACUCAGGGCGUCUUUCAGUUUGAAUUAUCUGGUGACGGUGGAGGCACGUGGUAUAUCGACCUGAAGAACAAGGGUGGGAGCACUGGCUUUGGGAAGCCUCCUGGGACAGCUGAUGUGGUUAUGAGCAUGUCGAGUGCUGACUUUGUGAAAAUGUUCACAGAUAAGCUAAAGCCAUUCAUGGCUUUCAUGUCAGGAAAUUCUAGUGUUAAAGGUGACACAGUUCUACCGUCAAGUCUGCCACAGAUAAAUUUUGAACACUAGCAGAAAUACUGGCCUUUCAUAUAUAAUUACAGUGCUUUUUUAAAGUGCCAGUCAUCAUUUCUUUUUGAUGGUGUAUAAGUAUUCAAUAGAUUUUAUAAUUUUUAGAGAAGUUACAACUCAGUUUGAAUAUAAUAUCCAACAGAGAACAUUUUUAAUAACUUGCUGUAAUGAUUAAAAUAAAAACUGUGUCCCAAAAUUCUGAUGUUUCAAGCUUAUAGGAACUGACCACCCCUAUCAGAUGUUAUUAAAAAAGGCUGAUGAUUUCAAGCUAUUGGAAAACACAGUGUAUGUGCUUGCAUGAAAAAUAUGGCUACAUAUAUUUUAUUUCUUUAGGGAGCCACCUUGAAAUACUUGAAAUACAUCUUUUGAAAUCUACUGAUUCUAGAAAACAUUUUUCAAGUGAACAUGUAUAUUCAAAGUACAUUUUCAAAUGCCGCUCUGUGACACUUAAAAAACUGAAGCAGAUGACAGAACUUGGCUAUUAGGAGCAAGCUUGUUUAAUUUCAUACCUGUUUCACAAGCAACCCCAUGUCUUUGCAAUUUUCCUUUCUGUGCAACUUUUCUGCCAAAGAAUUUUUGCUUUUCAGGGUUACUGGGGUGGAGAGGAAAGGUGUGCAGCAUCCAGUACGUUAACUGUGUCCUGGCACCUGAAGACAGAAUGUGUUUAUUUGCUUCCCUGGCUAUGUGGGUAGUUAAUGGUGCAUGUGCUUCUUGUGUAGUCAGUAAUACUGCUCUUGCAUAACAUGGCUGAUAACUGUAGUGUCAUUUGGCGAGGUACUGUGAUGCCUGUGACACCUAGAGAAAGGUAUCAUCUUCAGAAGAAAAGUGCUUUUGUUUCAGAUGGAUCCAGAGCAGCACAACCUGCCUCCAACUGGCCACUGUGUUUCUUCUCUCUCUAACAUAUCAGCAGUGGUGCUUGCAUGGUGGAGGAGUGGGAGCUCACCAGGGUCAGAAUCUUUAGAAUAAGUGGUGCGGUGGCUGUGCCUUGCCAUGGGUACUGUGGGACCCAGUGAUCCAGAGUGUUAGGGAUAUUCGAUCCUUGCAUUACAAAUUCUCAUAUUAUGCCAUUUCUGGAGUUUUUACUGUAAAAAAAAACAUGACUGAAAAACGAGCCAGUCCACUGUGCACUGUGAGGACAAGAGCUAGAAUGGGUGCUACAGUAGAGGAAUUACUGCAGGUAUUCACAUUCUGCAGAGGAUUUUUACAUGAGGUCAAAACUGUGUUGCUUUUUAAUCCAUUGCUCACUUCACAGUUUUUGAUACCCAUAAAAAUGAAGUGGCUAAACAAACUGUGAUUGUUUCGCUACUGUGGGUAACUGGUUUUCUGGAUGAUGGUAAAACUACAGGUUUUCUGGGUGAUGAUAAAGGAACAGAACAGCUCCAGGACCUACGUAAGGCACAGACACGAUCUGUUUGCUGCUGACGGUAGUGAGCAGGACUGAUGGCUCAUCCAUCACACUGGAAGGAGAUGUAAACUCAUGCCUCAUGUUCUCAAGGGAUUUGUUUUGAUGUCUUCUCUCCCCCGUCUUCAGCACAGUUCCAGCUCCUCCGGCGGAGUUUAGAGGCGCCGGUACCGACGGAGCGGCCGCUGCCAGCAGAGGGAGCAGGCAGCCCACUGCAGAACCUUGCCUUUGGGCACCCAGCGCUUCCGAGCGCUGCCAGCGUUGCGCGGGCGUCCUAAAGGGCCAAACUCGCCAAAGUGCAGCAAUAUCUUUUCUGCUCAAAGCAGGGGUCAAAUGUGCGAUAGGGUAGGAUACCCAGAUUUGCGGCAGCAUCAAAAUCUGCGUCUAUGCCUUGCAGCCUCUCAUGUCCCUCCCCCUGCUUUUGGUACAGUCCCUGCUCCAGAAGGGAGAGGGUGUACUUCUAGGUGACAGAGCACCAAGACUUGUCAUUCUUAUCUCUCCCACUAAAAUAAUCAGCGAGGGUGUAAUACUUUGUUGUUAGGGACAGCCUUGGUUUGCAAGAAUAUUGGUCUGGAUGCUUAAAACUUUGACAAAAAUUAAACCCACUGAAUCUCAGUCCAUAUAAUGGAGUGUUGCUUAAUCUUAGUUCUGUGCAGCAUUCUAUCCUGGAACAAGAUGUUGCUUUAUAUAACAAAGCUAAGCUUUGACUAACUAAAUAUAAUUAGCUCAAGCAAUA